CAAACCCUGGGCUACCGAGGCGGAACGUGUGAACUUAACCACCGUGCCACGGGGCAGGACCCCAGGUCCUCACUUUUUAUAGCUAGAAAUUGGGCUAAAGAUCACAGUAUGAGCCCCCUUCUAGGUCAGGGCAAGGCCCGGGGAGUGCCGUCAGUUUUCAGCUCACUUCCUCAGUGCUUAUAGUAUGUGCCGGGCCCUGGUUGGGCACUGGGGCCCAGUCCAGGAGCAGCUCCCUUGGAGGAGGAAGACAGGCUGUAAACGUCACCCAGGUCAACUUGCCCGGAGUGCUAGAAGAAAUAAACCAAGGGAUGUGGAAGGAGGAGCCGGCCUCCCGAGAAUCUGGCAGAAUGUGGCCAGGAGGAACAUGAAGGGCAAGUCCUGGGGCAGCACAAACUCUGUCUGCUGGGUAGAGGCCGGGGAAGGGGCGCGAGGAUGACGGCUGUGUCACAGGACUGACGUGAGCAUUCACUGAGAUGAGGCGCUGGAACCUGGGCCUGGCGCGAAGCAUAUGCGCUCGAUGACCCGCGGCUCUUCUUGUUCACGGUCUAGAGCGCCCAUCACCCCUUCCGGGGCAGAGGCCGGGGUGCGAGGGGGGCGGAGGGAGAGAUCCAGGCGGGGCGCCGGGCACAAUCGUGAUCGUCUAGACAAGUUGGGGGGAUCCCGGCCCUGCCAGGCCUCCCGUGAGGCAGGCCCGUCGCCAGCUCCCGGGCAGGAGGCGACCUUCUCAAGGCCGCUUUGUCUGGGCGCGCCGGGCCCAGUCGGGCCACCUGGCCUGAGCAGGGGUGAAGGGAACGGGAGCGGGGAGGAAAGCAGGGCCUCCAGGUGCUCCGCGGCUCCCGGGCAGGUCUCUGCCGGCCCCGCCUCCUGCCCCCAGAGCAGGUGUCCCCAACCCCCGCGGCCUAGCGUUCCAACCCUCUCCUCCUUACUCCGGCUGCCCCUUUGAUCCCGGGCCAGGGGUCACGGGCCCCUCCCCCGGGGUGGGGGGGUGAAAGGAGGAGAGGGGGCCGCAGAGCAGGGAAGAGGGGGACGGGCUCAGAGCAGGUAGCAGGGACUCGGUCUUCCUGGGUGGCUGCCCCCGCUCCCUCCAGCCAUCCUGGGGGUUCUCGGGGUUCCCCGGCGGCUGAGGGGGCCGUCGGAUGCCGGGGCAGGGGGCGGGGCCAGGCUCCGGGGGUCUCCCCGCCCCUUCGGGCUCAGCCAAGCCGAGGUGAAACCUGAACCCAGGUUGGGGGCGGGGCUGGCUCCUGCUCGGACGGGGCCGCCCUGUGCCUCCAACCCCCUGUCCCCGCGCCCCGGCCGGCUUCUGGAGGAGGAAGGUCGCGAUCCCCGAGCCGCUGGAGCAGAACCCGCGAUGGAGCCCGCAGCCCGGGGUCGCGCUCCGCCCUGAGUGCCCCCGCCGGCGGCCAUGCUGCCCCGAGGGCGCCCCCGGGCGCUGGGGGCCGCCGCGCUGCUGCUGCUGCUGCUGCUGCUCGGAUUCUUCCAGUUCGGCGGGGACCUGGAGUACGGGCGGCCGCGGGGGGCUGCUGCCCUCGACGGAGCCCCGCCGGCGGACCCCGGGGGCCACAACCGCUCGGACUGCGUCCAGCCGCGCCCGCUGGCGCCCAAGUGUGAGCUCUUGCACGUGGCCAUCGUAUGUGCGGGACAUAACUCCAGCCGAGACGUCGUCACCCUGGUGAAGUCUAUCCUCUUCUACAGGAAAAACCCGCUGCACCUCCACUUGGUGACUGAUGCGGUGGCCAGGAGCAUCCUGGAGAUGCUCUUCCACACGUGGAUGGUGCCCGCUGUCCGGGUCAGCUUCUACGACGCUGAUGAGCUCAAGCCCCAGGUCUCCUGGAUCCCCAACAAGCACUACUCUGGCCUGUACGGGCUCAUGAAGCUAGUGCUGCCUGGCACCCUGCCCCUUGACCUGGCCCGUGUCAUUGUGCUGGACACAGAUGUCACCUUCGCCUCUGACAUCGCAGAGCUCUGGGCACUGUUUGCUCACUUUUCUGACGAGCAGGUGAUUGGUCUCGUGGAGAACCAGAGCGACUGGUACCUGGGCAACCUCUGGAGGAACCACAGGCCUUGGCCUGCCUUGGGCCGGGGCUUCAACACAGGCGUGAUCCUCCUGCGGCUGGACCGGCUUCGGCAGGUGGGCUGGGAGCAGAUGUGGAGGCUGACGGCUACGCGGGAGCUCCUUACCCUGCCCGCCACCUCGCUGGCUGACCAGGACAUCUUCAAUGCCGUCAUCAAGGAGCACCCGGGGCUGGUGCGGCCCCUGCCCUGCGUCUGGAACGUUCAGCUGUCGGACCACACGCUGGCCGAGGGCUGCUACUCAGAGGCGUCUGACCUCAAGGUGAUCCACUGGAACUCGCCAAAGAAGCUGCGUGUGAAGAACAAGCACGUGGGGUUCUUCCGCAACCUCUACCUGACCUUCCUGGAGUACGACGGGAACCUCCUGCGGAGGGAGCUCUUUGGGUGCCCCAGCCUGCCCCACCCCGGGGCGGAGCAGUGGCAGCGGGCCCUGGCACAGCUCGACGGCGAGGAUGCCUGCUCUGAGUUCCGGCAGCAGCAGCUCACCGUGCACCGUGUGCACGUCACCUUCCUGCCCCACGAGCCGCCGCCCCCGCGGCCCCACGAUGUCACCCUGGUGGCCCAGCUUUCCAUGGACCGGCUGCAGAUGCUGGAAGCCCUGUGCCGGCACUGGCCGGGCCCCAUGAGCCUGGCCUUGUACCUCACAGACGCAGAGGCCCAGCAGUUCCUGCGUUUCGUCGAGGCCUCGGCGGUGCUCUCUGCCCGGCAGGAUGUGGCCUACCACGUGGUGUACCGGGAGGGUCCCCUGUACCCCAUCAACCAGCUUCGCAACGUGGCCUUGGCCCAGGCUCUCACGCCUUACGUCUUCCUCAGUGACAUUGACUUCCUGCCCGCCUACUCCCUCUACGACUACCUCAGGGCCUCCAUCGAGCAGCUGGAGCUGGGUGGCAGGAGGAAGGCAGCUCUGGUGGUGCCGGCCUUCGAGACCCUGCACUACCGCUUCAGCUUCCCCAGAUCCAAGGCUGAAGUGCUGGCCUCGCUGGACGCUGGCGCUCUCUACACCUUCAGGUACCACGAGUGGCCCCGCGGUCACGCGCCCACGGACUAUGCCCGCUGGCGGGAGGCUCAGGCCCCGUACCGGGUGCAGUGGGCCGCCGACUACGAGCCCUACGUGGUGGUGCCGAGAGACUGUCCCCGUUACGACCCCCGCUUUGUGGGCUUUGGCUGGAACAAGGUGGCCCACAUCGUGGAGCUGGAUGCACAGGAAUACGAGCUCCUGGUGCUGCCUGAGGCCUUCACCAUCCACCUGCCGCAUGCCCCGAGCCUUGACCUGUCCCGCUUCCGCUCCAGCCCCACCUACCGGGACUGCCUCCAGGCCCUCAAAGACGAGUUCCACCAGGACUUGUCCCGCCACUACGGGGCCGCUGCUCUCAAAUACCUCACGGCCCUGCAGCAGCCCCGAAGCCCGGGCGCCUGACCCGCCAUGGCUCCCACGCACUCCCUGCAGACACUGGAGCGACCCCGCCGCCCCUCCCCGCUGUUUAAGUUAUUCAAGGUCCCAGCGGGAAGGGCUGGGGCGGGGCGUCCGGGGCGGGUCCUGGGGCCUCCCCUUGCUGCUGUCUCUGGUGGGAUCUAGUCUCCCUCCGCCCCAGCUGGUUUGGGGCUGGCUCCCCAUCCUCGGCUGUACCUCCCUUUUUCGUAAUUAGUUUUCAAAGCUCCUUUCCACGUUCCUCCUGGUUCGCGGCCGGGGGACGUGCCCGGUCUCGCUGGAGCCGCAGGAGGACCGGGCCCUCCCCGGAGGCCAUCUGGAGUGCGCCUCGCCCACCCUGAACCCCACCCCGAGCCCGACACCACGAGGCUGAGAGACUUUAUUUGGCUUUAUUUAGUAAAAUGUUAAAAUAAAUAAAUACAAAUUGA